AUGAGCCACUUGGGGAAGAUAAAGCCGUCGUAUUUGUAUAUUUACGAUCGGUUAAACCAAAGAAUUUCCGAGGACGAUAAAAGUGAUAUGGAACAGGCUCAUUCAUCCGCGGACUUAAUUCACGAUUACAAGAUUCACCUAAAAGACGAUGGGCUUGGAAAGUAUAAAAUAAGUCCUUUGGGACAUCUUAAAGACCUCAAAGAGGCGGUAAGACAAUGAAUCUUCGGCCACUUAGAAAGGAAGACAACGUUAUGUUUAUACCAAUGCCAAAAAAUCCCGUCAUCCGAUAUUUACGCUUCAUCUGGGCGAAAUAUUUUUCGAAAAAAAAAAGUAUUUGAACGGCAGGCACAAAUUAAAGAAUAGGAAGAGAUGUAACACCUUUCAAAUAAAUGAAAACUAGAGUUUGGUCAACCGGGUAUUCAACACUACAUUGACGAACAAAAAAGUUAUCUUUGUUUGGCAAAUUGCCGCAAAAGGUGGGACUAAGGGGUAGGCUUUUGGACAAUAUCAUCAUCUCAUUUAUUCAAAUAUUUGACUAGUUUUCAUACUAAAACGACGCAGGUUAACUUACUGUUGUGGUAUUAUUUUUAGGAAACCAGCGCUACAAGAGUAGGAGUUCGUACCAGCAACGGGGUAAGUAAGAACAAGCAGAUUUAAUACAAAAAUGCCCAUCUUAUGAAUAAGGAAUGAACUGAUCCUUGUAAUAUUUUUUUCCCUUGCCUUUUCUCUAGUAAAAACAGAGCUUUACUUUCUUUUAUAUUGCGGCACUUUUCAAUUUGUAUAACUCAAUAAAAACGUAAUUUAAUAACAAAAAAGAGCUACAUUAUAUGGUAACAGCGGUCAAAUCAAAAUGAAAGAAAUUUUUUUCGAGCUACGGUUAUUUUCACUGUUGAAUGUUGAAAAAUUGACUUAUACGUUGUUGAUUUACUAAACUUUUUGAAGUUUAAUAAAAAUAGUUCCAAUUGUUUGAAAACUGAAAAUGGUGCUAUUGUCGGCGCAAAUUGCCAGCGUAAUUUCACUCGGUCUCGAAGCGUUUUCAACGCAAAGGAAACUCAAGAUUUUUAGAAAAAUGAAAAUAGAGUACGUCAAGUAAUUAUUCUGAACAUUUUUGCCCAAAUUUCCACUUAAUGGUCAAUGGAAUUCCAGCAAUUAAAACAAAAAAACAAAAACAACCAAAAAUUUAGACGUUUGACCGCGGUGAACGCACCUUCUACUCUCCCUAGUCCUCUACUGUUUGGUGAGGAAAAUGCCAGAAGACUCUGGGUACAAAUUGCAAUUGCAGGAAAUAACGGAAUAACGAUACCGCUGGACGAAGAAAUAACCAGCACUGCAGGCUAAUUACAGGAUAUCAAAAGGUUUUCGACAGAUUUCAAACGUAACCGAUUUAUGUAAUUUGUUCGUUAAAGUACCAGUCACAAACCAGACAUAACCCCUUUUCCGCUGUAAGGCAGACUACGAGCGCGGAAAAAGGCAUAAGUGAUCCCCACAAAAAUUUUGGGAUUAAAACUCUCACAAAUGCUGUUUCCACAAUUUUAGAGACAGGAGAUUUGUUUCUUGAUUUUGGAAUAAUUAGGGUAAAGUUUUAGCAGUUAACGUUUUGUUUUAGCGUUGAUAUUCCUAAGACAAACGCUUCAUGGCUAAGUAAAAAAAUCUUAAGUAAAAAAAACAAACAAACAAACAGAAACAAAAACGGACACAUGCAAAAUGGCAUCAAAGUACCGGACAUGGCCUGGUAAACAACCAGACGAAACGUCCGACCUCCGGCCUUAAAUGGAAACCCCGAUAUCCUCACGCGGGUUUGCAGGAAGGUACUCAGUAACAAAAAAAAUACACACGAAAAACGUGCUACAAAGUAUCGGCGCAUAAAGCGUUUUGUAACGGCGGUAUCAAAAUACAAGAUAGUUGUUCAAUUUCAAGAGCUGUUUUUCCAAAAAGCCAAUUCAGCCUCUUGGCCCUGGUUUUACUAUAAAUACUCGCUUCGCUCGAUAUUUGCCAUGUUGCUUCCAAUUUUCGUUCAGAAGAGAGAGAGGCUAAACUAACGGUCUACUUAAUUUAAAUUUGCUCGUGUUCACCUAAAAAUUAAUUUUUCAGGAAAAGAAGUCAACUACAAACAGUAUCGCAAAGAAAAAGGUGAGACCAACUAUUUUUUCUAUACGUAAAGCACAGCACCUAUAUAUUUUAUCUGUACAGUAAAUAGAAAUUCUUGAAUAAUCAGUUAACUUGCGAAAACAGCCGUCUCUCCUGGCUUCUGGCCGCUAAGGACGUGCCGUCAGCUGUUUUCGCAGGCUAAUGAAUAAGCGCCAACCUCACCCACCCCCCCCCGGCUCCACUUUCCCUUAAAGUUCGUACCCUUCUCCUCAUCCUACAACACAAAUUAACCCUAAGUAAAAACCUGCCUGCCCACUCCCUUUUUUUAGAACACAGAGAGAUUAUAUACUCUGGGAAGGUACCCUACUUUUAUUACUAGACGAGAGUUCGGGCCAAUGGAAUUUUUCAAUUCGGUCAUACAGACUGACUUUUCAUUCAGUCUCGUGAGUCCGAGGAUGUUCAUCGGCUAAACCCGAUUCCAAAACACUUCAGUGUUCAGAAACAAAUUUUCAGUACUGGCGCCCGUACAACACGCUGCUCGCGGCUUUGCCGCUUCCAUUCUCACAUAUAUAUCGCACUCGCAAAUAGAUUUUCGGGCAAAAGAGAGACUGCUCAAAGUCUACAGCGGGUCCAGUUAACUCAGCGUUACAAAUGAAAACAUAGAAACAGAUUAGUCGGAUACUGAAAACUGUAGCCACAGUCACAACACUAAAAGCCGUUGAUAGUGGAAAGUUUGUGUUCAGUCGAAAAAAGAAAUCGCAGCUCUAGAAAACAACACUUCCCGAUUCGCGCUACAUAAAAUUGCCAAUUCCCGUGUCCCGCUCAUAAUGCCAAUCCCAAAUUUCGUAAGGGGUGGAGGCGGUUAACAUUUUUGACUAUUAAAAUUUUGUUUCCCAUUUUGGAAUCCUCAAAUACUUAGUUAGAGACUCUAAGUAGAAAUUUAAUCAACAAAAAAGUACUUUUGAGGGAUCUUUUGAUGACCUCAGCAAGCUAGGCUUUUAGGAGGCACAAUCAAAGAUUUUCUAGUUGUAAAGUUGUAGUACAAUCCAUGUCAUAUACUUACUCAAAUAAGACAAUUGCAAAGUACUGCACAAGCCUGAAGAAAAUGGUUUCUGGAACGCUCUUGAAAUAUACUCUCUGUUUGGAAAAGAUAAUAUUUUGGACGCGCAUUAGUAAACCAGACAGGAAAUUCUCAGGAAUGUACCGGUGCGGUGUCAUAAACAAAAGCAAAGUUCCUCUAAAAAUCGAACUUGACAACAUGAUUUUGCCAUUAUUGACAGCUUUCUCCAGUCUUACAGAAAAUAGCUCUUGACUAAUGAAAUCAGCUCUCUUAUUUUGCUCUUCGUUUAGGACCAUGGCUUGCUUGUCUUACUGAAAAGUAUUUUAGUUACGAGAUGACUUAACUUGGACCCUCACCCGUUGGAAGGGGACUUAUUACUUGACCAGCAAGAAAGUCUACAUGUAUUUGUCCCAGAGAAAUGGAUGGGUCUUUUUUGGGUCUAGAAAACAUGGUCCAUCUUUUGAAAAACAGGGCCCUGAAGGCUAUCAUUCUAUGAAGCCUGAAGUAAAGGCAAAGGUCCCUUUUUUAUGUCUACUCGGUAAAUCAUAACAGUACACAUUAGACUGACAAAACUGAGGCUGACAGUGUGCUCAACCCCCCACCCCUCCCCCGACCUUACCCCACCCAUUUUCUCUCUGUCCAUCAGUGCCCUGUUUUACAGGCAAAUACUUAAAGCUACACAAAAAGGAGAAUAGCCGAAAUAAGAGUUCAAAGUCACACAUGGGAAUUGAACUUGAAACCUCCCACAUGGAAGGCCAUUCACGAACCGAUAAUCCUUGUUAACUAUUAAACAUGUAACAGGUACACUUCAGGACCCUGUUCUUCAUAAGUUGGAUAACACUAUUAUACUUGUAUCCAGUGAAUGGUGCCAUCCAACUUUAGAACAACAAGAGCACCUAGAUACACCUAGCACUUGCUUCCCCACUGAUCACUACUAGUACCGGUAUGUCCGAUUGGUGUGACCAUUCAGAUCACUGGACUGUUUUAAAAUACCCAAGAAAUCAAAGUGACAAUCAGUAUGGAAAUGGGCUUCAGACAUAAAAACUUACUUGGUUGUCAACAUGCUUAGCAAAUGAAAGACGCCCAGCACUAUGCUACAAAGGAACAAAAAAAAAAUGAAAUUAGUAAAUUUGUAUUGCAGGGGAAUAACAUGAAAAAAACAUUGAAAAGUAUGUUCUGUGAGUAAUAAAUAUUAUAAAUUUAAGUGAUAAUGAAAAACCUGAUUUAGUAUUCCAAACUUCAGUUUAUCUUCCUGAGAAAUAUCACUCCUGCAAACAAAAUGAUAACAGCUUUAAUUCUAAAUUCAGAGAAACAGUUCAGUUUUUCAGUGGUUUUCCAAGGAAAUGAUUAGUCUAGUGAAGGUUAAGCAAAAAAUUAUUAAGAAACUUUCCAUCAAGUAUUCUGUAUUGCAUAAUAUCAUAUUAGUUAUUAUAGGGUAUUAUUUUUAUAGUCAGGGACACAAGCAAAUCAGAAAAAACAUCUGAGUUCUCCCAACAGGAGUUGAACCUACCCUGCAUCAGGGUUGUCAGAAAGUUUUGAACUAGACAGCUGACUUGUCGAAGUAAGUGGCCAGUCCAGGGAUAUUUUAUUUAAAAAACACCAUCUGUAAUGAAAUGCCAAGCAGAGUAGCCGGUCGAUACUAACCAAGUAGGCGGCGAGUAAGCUGAGAUCAGGCGUCUUUUUUUUUUUUUUUUUUUUUUUUUUUUUUUUGCUUCUUUGGCUCGAGAGGGAAAAAAAUAACGCCUGAUACAUUUAUUUAACAAGCAGUCAACCGCCCCCUAAUUUACAUAAUCUAACGUUUGCUUGACCUGUCAUGUUUUUUAGCCAAUAAGCGUUUACCAAACGGGAAUCAAAUUUUGGCGCGAAUAAUGUCUCUUUUGAAAUCAGUUUUAGGAAAAAAAAUUUUUAAAAUACGUCCGUGUUCAGAUGGCGCUUAAGUAAAAAAAAAAAAAAUGUGUUGUUUUUGUGAUGAAAUAUACUGCUAGCUGGAGCUGUCGUACCUUUAUGAAUAGCUACAAAUAAUAAAGAACUUACUGGUUAAAGCUUGUUGACUUCGUUCUGUACCGAAAGCAGUGGAAAAAAAUUAGGCUGAAGCACCAUAUUUUACGAACUGAAAGGUGUUGUGAAAGCGAAAGAUCGCUCAGAAUAAUUAAGCAUGAUUUCUGAAGGAGGAAAUACAGUCAAACCAGGUCAAGAUUCCAUUCAUGAAUUGAUUAUUUGAAAAGUGAACCCGUUUGUCGCUUCUGUAACUUGUAGCCGGUAUCAAAUUGCAUUCAAAUGAUCGGUGAAGUUUUGACUGCAACUGUUUUGGUAUACGAUGAGAUGGUAAAUAUUUCAAUGGAUGAAACUUCUAUUUAGGCAUUCUUCAAAUUCAAGCAAACUGAGCGGGCAGAAAUUUCAUAACGAACUCGCGUGUGUAUUCACUGCUUAUUACGCAAGCAAAAAUGCAGACUGAAAUCAACAACAACUAACGGAUGGCGUCAUUUUGGCCAAUCGGAACGGCGCAAAUCAUCCGCAUUGUUUCCUAUCCAAUCAGAAAAAAAUCCAGAUUCUGGCAUUUUUACAUGUGAUCCGACAAAGAAAUGUAUCAUGCCCUCUUCCCGUGAGAGACAUAAAGGGAUAAUAAGGAGAGGGCAUGAACUCAGGCUAGGCGGCGAGUUUCUCCAGCAGCCGACUACUUCUGACAACCCUGCUGAAUGAUCUACUGUUCUACAUGCUCUACCACUGAAAUGAGUUACAUACAGAAGACUAGAUAUAGAGUACUAAGGUGUGACGUCAUAAAAAUGAAAUUUCUGAGGCCUACAAUGUACUUGUCAAAAAUGAACAUUUCGGGGCAAAUUGUCCCUGAGAUCGUAGUCCAGUUAUGCUUAGAAAACUCCAUACAAACCCUUCUAAAUUUUUUUGGGUCGACCCCCAAAAAAAUUAGAAGGGUUUGUAUGGAGUUUUCUGAGUAUAACCGGCUAACAUCUCAGAGACAAUUUGCCCCAAAAUGCUCAUUUUUGGUAAGUAGGCCUCUUGGACAUUGUUCUUUCAGAAUAUCCUGACAAAUCCCAUAAUUUCAGAAAUUCCAUUUUUAUGACGUCAUCACUCUAGUACUCUAUGGAGCUAAGUAUUAAAGACCAAUAAAGAAGAAGUCUAGAUAUGGAGCUCGGACCAUUUAACAAGGUUCAUGUGACAAACAUCCACCAUGCUCAAUGGGCUGGAAUGUCAAUGUAGGUGACUCAGAAAAAAUAUCCUUGUGAGUUACACGGAAGCUAAGUAACUUACUUGAUUAAGAAGAUUUUUGCCACAAAAUCCUUCAUAAAGACAUCACAUUCCUGCUCAAACAGCUCACUUUCUUCAUCGUACUCAGCAUCAGAUCCACCUAUUUGCACAAAAUAAAAAUCAAUUCUUGAAAUUGAAUAUUAUAAUAUAAUUCACACAACUGUAUUAACUUUGAGCUGUCAGUGAUGUAAUUUUUUGACUGCUGAACUACAAUCAUGAGUGCAAAUUAAAAUACACAGAAAAGGUUUUCACAAAAUGUGGAUUCAGAGACUGACUUCUUAUCAGUUCCGAAUCCUGUUCUAUUUGAGGGGGUCAAAAGAACUUAGUACAGGAAAAACCCUUUCAAAAAAGUUUUACAAAGGACUCUGCUCUGGCCUACAUGUUGCAACAAUGUUUUGAUAAGCUUUGGGACCAUCCCUUCGUUAACCCCUCCCCCCCCCCCAGCAAUGUUGUGCACAAAAAAGGACUCAUUUCCAUCCAUUUCGUUCACAAGUCAACAUUGUUUGGAGUGGGAGUCACUUAAGUUUUACUGAUAUCACUGGAGAGUUCCCAACACUUCUGACCUCCUAUGCAGUUUGAGUUCAACAUUGAAGUCAAACAUUUUUAUGCUGUCAAUGAAAUGGAGUUAAUCUACAGGCCACAUUCCAACAAUUGUUUUGAAACUAUUGUAUAAUUAUACAAAAGUGACAAGUGCUGCAGUUGCUGAACAGUGCCAAAAUCAAUGUAUAGCACUGACAAACUUAAAUGACAAGAUAAAACUGGUCAAUGGAUUAAUUUUUCAAUUAAACAUGACAGAUUAGACAGGCUUCGAGUUGGCAAGUAUUUCAAAUAAUAUUAUAAUACAUAUAUAAGAAACAGCUCAGUCUGCUUUAAAACAAAAAUACUUUUUUUAUUACUUAUUGCUCUGACAAAAUGCUACUUGUAGAAAAAUAAAGCUUCAGUUGUAACUUUUCAUUUUCAAAGUCUAUGGUAACAUUUCAACUCAAAGGUACUGGUUCUUGGUGGAAUACAUUGUAACCACACAGUGUAAGCAAUAAAUUUAGUUCUAAUGAAAAAAAUACAUUAUUUCCCAAUUUCACAGUUGCCCUUAUAGCAGUCUUUGGUGCUUACAGAGAAUCUUUUCUCACUUGAUUACAUAAAAAUUAAUGUUAGUAAAAAUAACUUCAAAUAAAGUUUGAAAUUUAUAAUUUCUCCAUUUAAGAAAACCAAUGGUUUACCAGGAUGAAGAAAAUACAAGUUAACACAGGUUAGAAAUGAAAAUUCAAAAAAUUUAUGUCAAAGAAAUGAUGAUGUAGUUCCUUAAAAGAACAAAACAACAUUUAACGUACUCUCAGCUUCAUCAAAUGAUAUAAAUUUUGCUGCAAAGAAAAAUUAUUGGUAAUUUUGAUCUUCCUAUAACAUGCGAUUAAUUAUGAUGACCACGCUAACUUUAAACAGAUUAGUAAAACAAAAGAAAGCCUUUGAGUCAAGAAUUCAGAUACCACCAAAGCACAUACAGUACUUACUGCACCACACACUACUUUUUAUCUCCUUAAACAUAACAACAUACGAAAAUAUAUUAUUAUUCAGUAUUUUCUAGACAUUUUUGUUACCUUUUUUAUGCUUCCCUUUUGUGUUAUGAUAUUUGUGCUUAUACAUCACUUAUUAUAAACCACGUUGAUCCAGGUAUUAGAAAAUAUAACAUUCAGAACGUUUUAAAAUAACCCAAGCAUAAUCAGUGAAACUGCUUAUUUCAUUGUUGUGUCCACAUGUUGGCCGAGUUUCAAAAAAAAUUGUUCCAAAACUGAUUUUAAUGGCUGACUGGAGAUCAUUAUUCAGUAAACUGAGGAGUAUUUAAAUAUUUUACAGUUACAAUGUACAUACAUAACUGUUAAGUGUCAUGUGACAGGCCCAAAAUUGUUUGCUGAAAGCUACAGUAAUAUAACUAAAUCAGCUUUAAUUUUGUUUCCAUGACAUCAGUUCAUGUCCCAGAAGAAUGUACUUGACAAAUUUGCAUCAAAUUUAAACAGUUCUUCAAUAAACGUUUACAUACACAUGGUACGUAAUAUUUGGAAGUUGUGCAAUAAACGAGCGUAUAAUUUAUAAUAUCAGUAAACUUGAGGUGAAGACAAAAUCUGUAUCAUACAUAAAUUAUAGGACUUACUAAAUAUUUAACAGCAUUUUCACUUUGUAACAAAAAUAAAAAAGGAAGGAGAUUGCUUUCACAAAUAAGCAAGACUCUGAUGUUUUAAAAAUUUGCAAUUGAAAAUUGUGAUCAGUUUGUUAAAACGUCUGUUAUAGUGAACCAUGUUCCUUUGUUACUCAGCUGACAAUCCUCAGACUCUUCCAGUACUAUACAUGUAGGUAUGUAUAUUUAUUUUUUCUGAUUUGGUUCUUGGCCAAAUCAGCGUAAUGCCAUUAUUAACUGCAUAAGGUGCAGUAAGAACAAGGCUCACUAUGAGAUAAAAUAUAUUUUCCUGGCAUGGCCUGAAUUCUUCAAGGAAUACCUUUUGGUUGGACUUAAAAUUUAUGCUGCAUGGCGUAGGGUUGUCAGAGAUAAUGAUGAGGAUGAUGAUGAUGUCAGAUAAUGAUGAAGAAAAUGGACCAUUAAAUGAUUCUAAGAAUCAGGGCUUCUGAUAGAUCGCGGAAAAAAAAAGUCAAAUUUUGCUGGAUUUUUAGGGACAAAAUUGCGAAAAAAAUCAGCCAAUUUUGCGGGAAUUUCAUGGGAAUUUUCGGGGGAAACUUGGCCAGAAAGCAAUUGGUAAAAAAAUGGCGGAUUUUGUGGUUAUUUUUAGGGCAAAAUUCGCUAAAAAUCGAUCGGUUUUGCGCUGAUCAGACCAGCAUUUUCAAUGUUUUUCUAACAGAGGUCAUCAUUUGCUCUUUCAACAAAAAUACGCUCCAGGAAUGAACCAAUGGCAAAGCCUUUAACAUCAUGGCUAGUGCCCCAGUAGCUGAGACAAGUUUCAAAAUUGCUGUACAGACACGUAUUUGAUAGGAUUUCUACCGAAUUUCACGGUAUUUUGUGUGUGUUUUUGUUAAUUUCGCGGGAUUUCGCGGAUUUACCUGAAUUUCGAGGCUCCACGACCGCACGAAAUAUAAGAAGCCCUGCUGAAUGAACAACGUAUGCCAAUCAUUAAUGAAUGGUUAUAAAUGGUUUGAACAGAUGUUAAUAAUGUAGAAACAGAUAACCAUUCUAACCAACUGAACACCUUGUCAAACACUUUGCACGGAUUUUCAAUAGCUUUCAAAUGGAUGAUGAAUAGCUAUCUCCCUAAAAUGGAUAACCAUUAGUACUAGUGUCUGUGUUGUCGUUAAUAGUGAAAUCUUUCAUAGUCUCUUUAUUUUGAUCCUAAACUUUGAGCAGAAAGGUGUGCUCAUGCAUACACAACUUUUUUACCUUAAGUUAAUGUCCUAACAUUUUAUAUGCUCUAACAUUUUGUGCCUUUGGUGGAUUUUACUGGAGAAAAAAAUGUCACCUUUGAUUUCUCAGAUGCUUGCCGUUUUGGGCACACUGUUGAUUUUGACUAUCAAGAUUUUUAAGCUUUGCUUCACACUUUUCAUUCCAACCUCUUAAUGCAGGAAAGUUAUGAGAAAUGCUGUAAUGGAAUAAAGUCACACAACGCGCUUUAAGACCAUAUACACAUAACUUGAUCUCUCUGGUAUUUUUUUUGUCACCUCCAAAUAAUAGGAGACAUUUGAUUGACAGAAAAACUUGCAUUUAGCAUUGACAUGUUUCAACAUAAGGCGCAAUUCUGUCUGGGACAGCACGUUUGUGAUUAAUCUUGAACAUCUGUAAGCUUAAGUAAAUAAAAAAGUUUGCCAUAUGUAAAAAAUGACGUCAAUCGUGCAGCAAAAUUGCCAGAUUAUUGAACCGUUAACCAAGAUAGACCUGGGGACAAGAAUGAGUUGUUUUGGUGGCGACUACAAAAGGCAAAACAUUUUCGCCCAUUUCACAAGAAAGAAGCACUUGCAGGCAAACUAUUGGCUAAAAACAUACCAAGAACAGCAAGAAGACAACUCAAUGGAUGACAUCUGCAAUUUGCAGGGCUGUCAACCCUGGACGUAUUCAAAAUCAAUAUUGAGAAUUGAUAGGGGAGGGAUGGUAGAUAACGUCAUAACGCAUAGCACAUGAUGUCAUUUGAACUUAAAAUACUCUCCAAUCGUCACAAAUUUGCAGUGAGCCAAGACAUGCGAAAAAGAUGUUUUUGCCUUGUAACAUAUGACCUGAUUGGCUUGCUUCUUACCAAUCACAUUGCUGUCAUGGCAUACCGGAGUUUUUUAUGAGGAAAUGCUCCAUGUUAACAUUAAAACAGCUCAAACAAUGCAAAAGAGUUCAAAAUUUAUAGUCGGAAAGUCAAGUCUACUGAGGAUCACUGAAGAAAUGGCAAAAUUCAGCUAUUAUCCAGGAGAUUUCAUGCUCUAAUCUGGAGACUGGGAGAUACACUCCAAAAGCUGGAGUCUCCCAGAUUAUCCAGGAGAGUUGACAGCACUGUAUUUGGAGAAUAUUUGCAGACCUGAACAACCGAUAAAAAUUAAAUAAAUAAAUAAAUUUGCCAAUACACAUGUACUAUCAAAGAUGAACUUAACAUCGAUGGAGGCAAGCAUGUUUUAGCUUGUUUUUAAACUAGGAAUAAUUUGAAUGAUAAAUAAUAAAGCAAUCAUCUAAUUCAGCUUUUGUAUCAUCCGAAGAAUUAUGGAGAUCUCAGAGGGUGUUAUAAAAUUACAACAGCCACAUUACCUUAAGGUUAGGGUUGAAAUAUUACUUGUAGUACUGUAAGGUUGUAAAGGGUAGGGUUGUGAGGCUGUCAUAGAAAUACUUCUGUUUAUUUACCUAUGUAUAAACCCCAUUAAUGACUAAAUUCACCACUUUUUUAAAAAAAGUCGAGAUUGAUUAGAACAGUGUAAGAGGAAUUUGUGGUUUCAAUGACAAAGACACGCCACUUAUAUGCUCAACUCAGCUCAUCAGUUGGGAUACUAUUUCAUUGACUUAAGAGGUAUUUUUUAGGCAGUCAGGCCUAGUACGUAUGCUUUACAUUCAUUGGCUUUAAGUAAAUGUGAAAAAUCAGAUCGUAGUUAAAAUUAAAAAGUCAAAAGUUAAUUAAGAUUGGGCCAUCAAUUUACCACUGUGAUUUGACCAUUCCUGUCCAUCAGUUAAGAUAUCCACCGUCAUCAUGAACAUCCACUCAUUGCUUCUUUUCCCAAAGUGUCAGAAAACUCAACGAAAAGCAGAAUAUCAUUAACUGUAGUCAAAAACAACAUUUCACAUUCCACAACAAUAUCCCGCAACUUCCCGCAACAUAUCCCGACAUUUUGUUUAGAACGUGGGAGCCCGCACUUUCGAGGUCAGCAGGAAACUUUAAUUCAAGUGCGCAUACUUUUUUUACAUACUGCUGUUUAGUCUGUAAGAGGGCUCAGUGUAGUCCCAUAAUUCCUAGCGUUUUACUGUUCCGUGGCAACGUUCCCAAAAAACAAGAGAAGAAGUCAAAAUGGUUGGCAUCUUGAUUCACUUUUUGAACUUUUUCUGUAGUCAUAGUUUAUCGUGAAUUUUUUUUUAUCCCUUUGCAGUCUGAAGUCGAAGAAUCGCUUAAGAGAAUCCAGGGCCAUAAAGGCGUUGUCGGAAUAGUCAUCGUCAAUCAGGAAGGUAGAGAAACUCAGCUGUUUUGAUCUAUUUUUAUCGCGUAUCAAAAUACGCGAAGUACUCUCUCGCUUAAGGCGUAUUCGGGUAGAUUACUUAGCUUCCUAAGUGCUUAUUUCGUUCGUUGGUUCGUUAAUACUGCAGGAAUUCCUAUAAGAACGACUAUGGAUAAUUCAACGACAGUUCAGUACGCUGGAUUAAUUCAUCAAUUGACAGCGAAAGCUCGCAGUACUGUUCGCGACAUCGAUCCUCAGGUGAGGUUUGUAAACUGUAAGAAAGUCACUUUCGCCCCAAGGAAUGACAAAAGUAUUUAUUUAAAGAAGUACUGAAGUUACUUUUGCGAUAAAUUGAUAAACAAAUGGUACCAUAAACCAUACGAAAGUACUCCUGAACAUAAGAGCAACAUACAGUUUCAGCUACAUGUACAGGCUAAGCUUGCAAAGGUUGAACCAGUUUAUACGGCGUAAGAAUAGUAACAUGUGAAAGUACUACUGAAAAAUGAUAGUAUAUAGUCGCUUCGAUGUUGAUCCCAACAUUUCUGCCGCAUAUAGCCGGUCAUCAUCAAAUCAGGUGAUUGUGUUGAUUUACUGAGCAGGCCCCAGUUGUUCGAAAGUUGGAUAGCACUAUCGAAAAUCCACUGGAUAUAUCACUAUCCAGCGGAUUCGUGUUAAGGAAGCCAGUUGCAUCAUCCAGUGGGUAGUGAUCUAUCUAGUUGAACAACUGGGGCCAGAGCUAUUAGCAGCACCAUCUUGUUGUGAUAGUGUACCAUGAACCUAAAUCAUGGCUGGUGGAUUUUGAUCCAAAGCAUUGUUGGCAGUGUAAGAAACUAUGUCCUUAGCAUCCAAUUUGCUACUGUGUUGCUUAGAGUCUUGCCCAGUGAGGGCUGGUUUUCAGUAGAGUCAGAGUCAUAUUAAGGUCCCAAUCAUUCAAAUGUUAAAUACUGCUAUCCACCGGAUGAAUCACUAUCUGUGGAUAAGUACUAGGAAACCAAUAAUUGUGCUAUCGACUGGAUCGAGAUUUAUCCCAUGGAUAGUGUUAUCCACCCAUUGAACAAGUCAGAAGUAUAGAGCAUUUUGAUCUAAUAAAACAGCAUUCUGAUUCCACUUACAACUCCGAAGCCUCCAAUCCUCCAAUGUAGUAAAACUGUGUAGUCUGCACACAGAAGCAGAUGAACUUAACCAAUAUUUUUGCAAGGCAUUGGAACAAGCAUUGUAAUUGGGUUUUCCUUUUGCUUCUGUUUGAAUUCUGACUCUCACAAUCUGGUUUUCACUAGAACGUGCAUGUAAGCAACAGAGUCAUAAGGGAAGUCAAAAGAAAAUGGAAACGGUCUAAUUAUUCCUCCAAUUCCAGUUCUGUCAAGCUUAUGACUUGUUAAGGGAACGCGUCCAAAUAUCGGCAUCGGGUCACACUGAUGCCGAUCAAUUGGGCACCGAUUUUUUCCGAUUCCGUUGAAGGUCGGACCCGAUUUUAUCGGCACCGAAUGAAACGGAAUCGGCAGCGGGUCUCAAGUCUUUAUCGGGCCAAUUAACAAAGGUCAUCAAAAAUAUCUAGCAGCUCAAAUAACCCAUCACAAAAGCAAAAGCAAAAGCGUGAAUGUUGUUUUUUAUAACCUUAUCUUUCUUAUAAAUGUGUCUUGUUUGAACCGAAAUUUAACGUCACAGUUUCGAACAUUUGUUUGUAUUUCCUAUGACAGAGUAUGACCAGAAAAUAUUAAAUUUGUGUAUCAAAAUGGGCACGAGAAGAAACAGCAGGUCAUUCAACAAAGCUAUAUACAUUGCAAGUGUACGAUCUCAAAAUGAUAAUUUUAAAAUAGCUUGGGCCCGUGCUAACCGGAACCCCAAAACGCGUGAUUAUAGGAAUCUUUUUGAGGAAUAAACAGUUUAGGACUGUAAACGAAAAAAAUAGAAAGAAGUCAGAACAUCCACGACCAAAAUGCAAAUGUUGUUACCAUGUUGUGUACUUUGACUGCUAAAUUGCCACAGGAGAGAAGAGGACGUCGCCUGAGAAUCAGGCUGCAAGUUGUUUAUUGGUUGCACAUGAACUCAAAAAAGUGACUGAUGGAGGCGUUCAAAUGGUUUUCUCUUUCUUGAUUCUCUUUCCGCUAUUAAACUGAGUCGAACUUACUGGAUGUAUGCCCUGUUUUCUUUAGUUGAACACUCCGGUAAAAAAGGUUCUGAUUUUUGUCAAAAAGUCAGCCGCCUAGAGUCAAGCGCAAAUUUUCCUAAGUGCUGAGAGUGGAAAGCAAUUUCACGUGGCACCAUGCUCAAGCUCACAGAACAGCAAAGUCGCUAAGCCAUUCUCUCUUUAAAUUGGUAGCUCCUGUAUGAAACUUCGUUCUGUGUCUUCCGUGACUCGCGAGUGUGGGAAUCUUUCAGUUCUUGUUGCUAAUUCCCUGGAGACAAUCUGAGGCCGCAAUCUAAUUGGUCAGUAUUUUUGCCUCAGAUCGUAUUACACCUUGCAUUUAGGAUCGUUGAAUGAAGCACGCAAAUUUUCGUAAAAGUUUAUCCCGGGGUUUUAUAUUAUCCAUAGUUUUGCUCUCGCUCCGCUCGCUUGGAAACCCGUUGAGGUCUACUUGUAACAAGUCUAUAUGAAUCCAGCUGUGUUUCGAGAAAGUGAGUUCCGGUUGUGUUUUUGGAUUGCAUUGUUAGAAAGUAUCGAGUAAAGAACACACUACUCAGUAAGGUGUUUUGUUUGCUAUGUAUCAACGAAGAACAGUGGUGUUUUGCGUCGUAAUAUUUAACUCCUUUUAAUUUUCAUAGAAUAAAUUUUAUGGAGCAGCGUGGUGUUUGCGAUCGACUGAGGGAAAUACCUCUGCAAAACGCCGAAAGGCACGCAUCAAAUCAACGAACUCGAAACACAACAUGCAGGAACAUACAAUAUUGCUAUUUGUUUUAUAUGGAGUAGGAAAAAGGUACAGUCGAUUGAAAUUACUUUGGAGUGAAACGAGUCUUUCAUCACUUGGUUUCUUGACACG